CCCCAACUUCGCAACCUCGUCGUUCGCCACCCUCUCCUCCCUUCCUUCCUUACUUGGUCUGCCCCUGACCUGACCUGACCCAACCCUUCCUCCCCACCGCGCACGACGCCAAGAACCCAACCGCCGAAGCGGCCGCGAUCUUCUCCGCCGCCGCCAUGACGGAGUCGCCCCGCGCGCCGUCCGGCUGCGCGAUGUUCGGCAUGUUCCGCCGCCGCCGCUCCGCCUCCAUGUCUUCCCUCUCCCGGAUCAAUGGCCCUCCACAAGUCGCCGCCGAUAAGGACGUCGGGGCCUUGCCCGCGCCGGUGAAUUCGGCCAAGGCCGGCGCCCACGACGGUUCCUCCAUCGUGCCGCGCCCGAAGGUCAUGCCUUUGCACGCGCAGACGAACGGCGCCGCAGCGACCCACGCGCCGCGGCCGUCGAGCGACAAGACCAAGCCGGCCAGGGCGACGAACGGCGCGGCAAAGACGGCCGCGGCGGCGUCGCCCGCGGUGGAGUACACGGGCAUGGCGGCGGAGCUCGACAAGAUGAUCCACGACCACCAGCGGGUCAAGGGCACCACGCAGAUGAUGCGCGCCACGUCGGGCAACAUGAUGAUGCACCGCAACCUCGGCAACCUCAACGCCGCCGGGGGCGGGGGCGGGGGCGCGUCCGCGCGCAGCUCGCUGGAGCGCGGCGGCGGCAACAACCCCAAGCCGGCGCCGGCGAGCAACGGGUACGCGUUCUCCGGCCUGGGGAACAUCGUCGCCGGCAAGCCGCAAGGGGGCGGCGACCCGCUGUGCCGGGCGCUGUCGCACCGGACGGACCCGGAGAAGCUCAAGGAGCUGGGCAACGAGGAGUUCCGGGAGGGCCACUACGCGGAGGCGGUGGCGCUCUACGACCAGGCCAUCAUCAUGGACCCGACGCGGCCGGCGUACUGGGGCAACAAAGCCGCCGCCCUCGCCGCGCUCGGCAGGCUCAUCGAAGCCGUCGCCGACUGCAGGGAGGCCGUCCGGAUCGAUCCCUCCUACGCCCGCGCGCACCACCGACUCGGCGGAUUGUAUCUCAGAUUAGGGGAGCCAGACAAGGCCAUAAACUACAUGAAACAAUCGUCCAGGGACUCGACGAGCGCUGACGUCUCCCGCGCGCAGACGGUGAAGAGCCGCAUCGCCAAGUGCAACGACGCGCGCAAGCUCAAGGACUGGAUCACCGUGCUCCGGGAAUCCCAGGCCGCCUUCGCCGACGGCGCCGACUCCGCCCCGCAGGUAAUGGCGCUGCAAGCGGAGGCUAUGCUGAAGCUCCAGCGGCACGACGAGGCGGACGCGACGCUGCGCGGCGCGCCGAGGUUCGGCGUCGAUGAGUCGGCCAAGCUCUUCGGCACCACGGCGCACGCCUACGUGCUCAUGGUCCGGGCCCAGGUCGACAUGGCCGCGGGGAGGCUCGAGGAUGCGGUGGCGACGGCGCAGACGGCGUGCCAGCUGGACCCGGCUAGCCGGGAGGCGGCGGCCGUGCACCGGCACGCCAAGUUGGUGGCGUCGGCGCGGCUGCGCGGCAAUGACCUCUUCAGGGCAUCAAGGUUUGCGGAGGCGUGCGCUGCGUACGGCGAGGGUCUCGGCGGCGGUGGCGAGGCCGGCAGCGCCGUGCUGCUCUGCAACCGUGCAGCGUGCCACGCCAAGCUCGGACGGCACGAGAAGGCCGUCGAGGACUGCACCGGUGCGCUCGCCGUGCGGCCCGGGUACAGCAAGGCCCGCCUCCGGAGAGCCGACUGCAACGUCAAGUUGGAGAGGUGGGAGGCGUCGUUGAGAGAUUACCAGGUGCUGAUCCAAGAACUCCCGGAGAACGAGGACGUGAAGAAGGCUCUCACCGAGGUCGAGGCCAAGAUCAAGAGCCAAAGGAAUUGAUCGUGGGGACACAUCUCAGCAUUGACGCCAGGUUUACUUGUUCGGUCGCCUACCGGAGAAAUAAACUGCAAAUUCUGAAGAGGCCGGGCAAGGCUUUUGACAAAACAACUUUGAAGUCUCCACCCGCUGUUCCGCAGUUUGUGAACAGCAAAACCUGUAUGUUUUUUGUUGUUGUGAAACAUACACCAAAUUACAGAAGAGAAUGAAGUGAUGGAACUGUACAUAAUACUCAGUCGCUCCAUAGUGAUGAAUGUAUAGUUAGUUAUUUAUUUGGUUGUGGGGGUGCCAGCAGUGGCUCCCAGGAUUUCUGAAGGUUUAAGUUUGCUUCUCAAACAAAACAAGCAGAACAACUGUACACUAAAAUGAAUGUUCAUUCUAAACAGAAUAUGUGUGGCCAUUUAUUUAA